ACUUUUAUUCACGAUAAUAUCUCCCUAGACAGAGGCUGCAUUUAUUUAACGCAGAAUCAAAACUCUGUAAAAUUAAAUUUGGAAUACGCGAGACCAGGGACGAAUCAACUAAUAGCAGUGCCUAUGUUCUUUAACUUUCAUUAUUUUUUACUUUAUGUACAACAUACAGUUCCCAUGUAUAAAAAUAUUUUCCAAGCGAUUAAAGUAAGUCAUAUAAAAAUGUCACAAUUGGAGUUAGAUCCUCAAUUUACACAGGGUUUACAUCUUUUACAUUCCACUAAUAAAGAUUCUGCAGAACAAUUACGAGCUCUUCUAGAUGAAGCAAUCAAACAAAAAUAUGGACCAUCAAAAAUGUUAUCGAAUGUAUUACACAAAAAGUAUAUGAUGGAGGAACCAGUACUAAGUGACCAUAGCAGCAGUAGUAAAAAGAGCAAAAGCUCCUCUUCUUCUUCUUCCAAACAUUCAAGUAAAUCAAGCAAAAACAACUCUCCUGUAAAUUUACCAACGCGUGACACACCACCUGAUAUUAUUCAGACUGAUAAUACUUUAGCAUUAGAAAUAUUAGAAGAUGAUCUGACAUGUGUAAUUUGUAAAGGAAUGGAUGUUGGUGCAAGAAACAGACUUGUUGAAUGUUUAGAAUGUCAUUCAUUAUAUCACCAAGAAUGUCAUGUUCCACAUAUUUUAGAUUCUCAAAUAGAUGUACCAGGAUUGGUGUGGUAUUGUUCAAACUGUUCCAAAUCUCAGGUUUCAAAAGAAAGGAGUUCACCAAAAACAGUGAUAGAAAGUAAAUCUAAAGAACAAAAAAAAUCCAAUUUAAGUGGUGGAAACAAAAUAACACCAAAUAUUCAUAUUAUAAGUGCAGAUAGAAGAUUAAAAGAUAUGAUGAAAAAAGCUAAACAGGAUAAACGAAGCACAAAUAUUACUCAAAGUUCAAAAAAAAAUUCUUCAGCUAAUUCACCAGCAUUGUCUUCAACAAAAUCUCAGGAAAAAUCACUAGUAUAUAAAAUCAAAUCAGGUGUAGAAUGAAGCACUUAUAUAUAUUAUGACAAUAUUUUAUAAUGUGUAAAAGACUUAAACAAAUUUUAUAAUUUCGACAUUACAAGAUGAUUAGUUAAUUGAGAAAAUCUUUAAAAUUAAUAGUGAUAAUCAGAUAUUCUGAUUCGAUAUAUUUCGACUAAAAUCGAUAUAUUUUGUCAAAAAUAGUAUAAUCUUUGAACAAAUAAUAUUAAUAUUUCAUACCGCAAUAAUUCCCGAUUUUUUGCUA